GGGCCAUAGAGGCUCAAUUAAUUAUCCCAUAACAACCUUUUACCCACUUUGGACCUUCUGGGCCUAUUAUAAGCCCAUAACAGAGCCGUUCCCCCGGGAACCGUCGACAAGGACAACCCGACCCGCCAAACUCGUCAUCUUUUUCAAAACCCAUCCGCGAGGUUUUCGCUAGCUCUACCUCACCGGCGAAAAUGGCUUCCCUGUACUUAUCUUCAAUAUUUGUCAGUAGUCACCGGAGCUUCAUCAGCGCGCCGUCAACCUUCCGGCGCACUUUUUCCUUCACUCGCGGUCGGUCUCUACUACACAAGUACCGCAACAAGCUCGCUCCAGCUCGUUCGAAUUCGAACUCAAACCACAGACAUUUCCGCUGCGCGUCAUCCAUAGUGGACGUCUCUCAUUCUACCGCCAUUACCGAAUUCCCCGCUUAUCCAGAAUACGAUCGGCUGUUACCUUGCCCGGUUUAUAAUUUCCCUCCCAGAGUCGAGCACCUUGUAGUCUCGGGAGAUGCUAAAGUUCUAGACUAUAUCUGCAAGGCUCUUGACCUUCCUCCACUGUUUGUUACAGAUCUUAUUCAAUUCGGAGCUGUACAUUAUGCCCUAGUAUGCCCACAGCCGCCACAAACUGCAACUCCUGAGCAGAUUAGGGUGUUCAAAGAGGUCACAGCACCAUCUGUUUUGAAGAAAAGAGGUUGCAUCAAAGGGAAGACGGUACGAGAAGCGCAGAAGACUUUCAGGAUAACUCGUCCCGAUGAGUUCGUGGAGGCUGGAACGUAUUUACGUGUUCAUGUGCAUCCAAAGCGCUUCCCUAGGUGCUAUGAAAUUGAUUGGAGAUCGAGAAUUUUAGCUGUAGCUGACUCUUAUGUUGUUUUGGAUAAACCUGCUGGCACGUCGGUAGGGGGAACGACAGACAACAUUGAAGAAAGCUGUGCAACAUUUGCUAGUCGUGCAUUGGGUUUAACAGAACCAUUGAAGACAACUCAUCAGAUUGAUAAUUGCACGGAGGGCUGUGUGGUCUUAGCUAGGACCAAGGAAUACUGCUCAAUAUUUCACCAGAAAAUCAGAGAAAAACGAGUGAAGAAACUUUAUCUUGCUCUCGCCUCAUCUCCACUGCCAACUGGUGUAAUUACCCACUACAUGCGUCCAAUUAAUAAGGCUCCACGUCUUGUUUCAGAAGAGCAUGUAGAUAGGUGGCACUUGUGCCAACUUGAAGUUAUGGAAUGCAAAGAGGUCCCUUGGCCAAGUACUUCAAUCGAAGAAAUGCAUUGCGUUGAAGACUGUGGGUGGCCCACGAGAGACAAAGCAUACGAAUGCAGGAUUAACCUUUUGACUGGCCGCACUCACCAGAUUCGAGCUCAGCUAGCUGCCUGUGGCGCCCCAUUAAUCGGUGAUGCGAUGUACAUGCCAGCUGCAGUUGCUGAGCUUGCCAGUCCGGGGCUAAACCCAUUCGGAAAACACAGACGCCACUACAUCAGCAACGACGAAGAUGAUUACCGAAUAGCCAUAGAAGAAUGGAUUUUACUUCACGGCAAAGAACCAACUUCCGCCAUUGGUCUCCAGGCGUGUCAAAUCUCGUGGGACGACGGAGAAUGUAGCUAUGAGGCCGGAUCCCCCUGGUGGAGAUGAUGAGGGAAAAACACAGCAGCUUGAAUCCAAAUUCACCAACCAAGCGAAAUGGACUGUGGAGAGUAGGCCUUUUGGUAAAGGGACGAAUUGCUGGCCGCAGGAAUCUUGGAGUCCAAGAAAAGGUCAGAUCCCCCUCUAAGCUUAUACUCUUGUCAUGUAGCUUCUUGAAGAGAAGCUUGCAUUAAUCGAUCAGUCACAUCUCAUAUCAUUAUCAUAGCUUACAAUGAAUCAAUAUAUAAUUACAUUGUUU